UAACAGCAACUUUAUUAUUUCUUUUAUCCCAUGCUGCACACAUUGUGAAUUUCUUUCAUAUUACCUUUGUGCUGCUCAGUUUCAGCAAGUUUCGCCCUGCAUUCAGAUCAACAGAUAUUUUGAGGAUACAGAGAAAAUUGAAUUUAUGUUUAAAAAUCCACUAAAUUAAACUAAAAUUACCACUUGAAGCUGAAGAAACAAACACUAUGGUUUAGCUAUGAGCAGGAAACACUCAAUAAUGAUAAACCUGCAGUGAGAUUUAAAAUUUCCACUCUCCUCUGACGGGAACAAUCACAGCCACAGUUUCACACUGUGCCCUCUCUUUUCCCUUUCGUCCCUCUCUGUCUUUAUCUUUUUCUACCUCACUGUAAGAAUGUUUGGUUUGGUUUUAUUAGGUCUUAAAUCAAUACAUACGUAACAAAAAUAUGCAGAAAAUGUAAGAACAGAGAUUCGACAUAGUGGGGUUACAGACACACAAAGAUAAAAUACAAAAUUGAAAAAUGCAUGAAGCAAAGCCAGUUGGCCUUGCGUUUAACUUGCAGUGUGAAAACACAAAACGUUUAAAUAACUAGCAUCUUAUUGUCCUGUGUUUUUUUAUUGUGUGAUUUGUUUAUGUAUUCUUAAUAUGUCACAUUUUUUGCCAAAGGACUGCAGUGGGAAAUUAACACUGGCACAUUUGCAGAAAUGUUUAUUAAUGUACAUUGUGCUUAUAUAUAAAGAAAAUGAAAUUAAAAUGAAUAGGAAAAGUUAUAAUAAGCAUUUUUUUGGAUACCAAACUACAAAAGUGAAUUCUGACCCCAGGGGACAAUGUGCAGAACAAGAUAAUUGAAAAAUACUUGACAAAAUACCAGCUUUGGUAUAGGCUGAGUGCACAGGACACAUCGCAGUUUUCAGGCAUCAGUUAUAAGCAGUUAAAAUAGAUGACUGAAAGUAAUGGGAAACUGGUUGUGACAUCCAGCCUUUGCCACUCGAAAUGGUUGUAUUACCAGUGCAAACUUGACCAAAGAGUACAUGCUUAACCCUGUUAUCCCUUUUUUAAAGAUGGUUUACUCUGCAGAAAGUUUAAUCUUUAAUUAAAAUUAAACAAAUGAUUCUGUUUUGUGUGAUUUGUAAGUGAGCUGAGAUGGAGAGUGUGGCAGGUUCACUUUGUUCACAUUAGUUGUCCUUUCAGCCGUGCUUGCUCAUCAAAAAUGUUCCUGAGUUUGACCAGCAUACAUUUACAUACACCUGCAACACGGACCAGGGUUAAUAAGCAAGAAUGUUCACUGUUAAUGUCCAACACUCAUCCAUUACUGUUAGUCAUUUCAGUCGUGUCAAGGAACCUCAUCCUGGGAGCCAGUUGUUCCUUUACUUAAAUACUGGGAACCUGUGACAGCGAGUGCUUUGCCAGUCAUUAACAGUGAAAUCUGAAACCACAACAAACAUAUAGUCUCAAGCAUUUAAAGCACAGACAAAGGCAUUGUGAAGCAUGUAGCAUGGAUAUUGUAAUUAAUAUCUAAAACAAAAAUUGGUGUUUAUCCAAGACUAAAAUAAAAUACAAUAAAAUGCAACCAUACAACUUUAUUUUCCAUUGACAUGAACUUAAACCAUCCCUUGUCUGUAAAAACACCAUUAAACAUAAACCACUAAAGACAACAACAGACCAUAUGAAACAUUAAUGAUAUCACAAAGAUGUGAAGAACAUCUACUAUACAUGUACAGUAUGUAUUGUGUGUGUCCUGUCACACAAAUUACUGAGUGCAGGCUACAGUUUGUUCCCUAACAAUUUUUUAAUACACCCGACUAAUUCAGUUCUAAUAAAAAUUCAAAACUUCAGCUCAUUCUGAGGUUUUACAGCAAUUUGACUGGUUAUGUUAACCACUUUACCAUUAAUUAUUUUCAUUUUUAAAUCGCUCAUGUCAAAACAGAUAAUGGUUCCAACAGGACUCUGACUCUGAUCAGAUUUUUUUUGUUUUAAUUUUCACUCAUUAUCAGUUUUUUCAUGUCUCUUUCAUCGGUUCUUUUCACACAAUCUGAAUAACAAGAUAAACCUCAAUCAAUAAUGAAAACCAUUUUGACAAAGACCCUUUUAAAAUUUAACCAGCUUAACAUCAACAUCAAAUAAAUGAUUUGAAGGAGCCCUGUCAGGAGUGUGACUAAUGGAUUUGUGUUAUAAGGUUACCUUGUUCAAAGGUAAAUGGGCUUUUAUUUACCAAGUUUUAAAAUGAAAGUGAUAUAUUAGACCCUACAUAGAAUGUAUACAGAGAGACAUAUAUACUUAUUGUGUAUGAUACUCCAUCUGUAAGGCCUGGGUUUAUUUUUUAUUUGUUAAUCAGCUCAUAUCACCUCUCGCUCUUUUUUGAUUUUUCAACUAUACAUUGAUUCUGUUAAUGUUUUUAUUUCAUUUUAGUCAAUCGUCACAAACAACGUAGUAUACGUGAGAGAAAAUAACCUGAUGUGUUAUAAGUUUAGAGUGUCCUGGUGCAUGAACCUUAUCAUGUAGACUCAUGCUGUUAGGAGAUACCUGCAUUUUCUCUGUCUUUAUUCACAGGCUGUACAGAUGCCACUUUAAUAGUAAGGGCAUGUAUGAAACAAAUUGAACCAUUUGAUUUAGUGAAGUAAAAUGUUUUAAUUAAAUUGAAUAAAAAACUUGACUACUCAAACAGAUUUCUGAUACAAAGCCAAAUCAGCUGAUCUCUCUUUAUUGAUCAGGAAGGAGACUUAUUUUAGGCUAGUUAUCAACCUUUUUUUUUUUUUUUUUUUUUGGAUCAUCCAAAAAACAUCCCAUAAAAGAUAUCGGGCAAUGCCAAUAGCACAAUGUGUAGCGGUUUUCCUGCUGACACUGAAAACAUUGUCACUUUAUCUCCUGAAUGAGGAAGGUUUGGCAGCCAUAAAGAUAAGAUGUUUCAAUCUGGUUCAUACACACACACCUAUCUAGCAAACUGUUGUUGUUCCAAAAGUGAGAGAUGAGUGCGCUUUUUCCAAAAGAAAAGCUGCAAACUAAUCUGUAACACAGAGCUAAGUAACUAUCAGUGGGUGUUUGUGUGUGUUUUUGUAUAGGCACUGCUGUAUGGAUGAAACAGUGUUUGUCAGUUGCAGCGUUUCAAUGUGUCUCUAAGUGUCAAGAUUUACCAGUUUUCACAGUUUGGAGUGUUUACCAAAGUCUGGCCUUUCCCACCAAGUUAAUCACUAUAGGAACACGCACACGAACACACAUACCCUCAGGUGUGUGUAUGCAGAACAGGCACAUGUGGGGAGGUGGUUGUUCUCUUAUAAGGGCAGGAAAGCACCGGUCACUCCCACACUCCAAAAACAGCCGAAGAAAUAACCACUGUCAAUCAGUACAGAUUGAGGUUGCUUAACUCCCACUUCACAGAGUCUGGCUUUUGUUGUGCAACAGACACCUGUAGCUGACCUUUCCAUCGAGAGGACCCUCAAGCAGAAAGGAGGAGCUCAAAGACUCACUGGCCGAAUUUGCUCAGACAGACGUGGACAUGGAGGAGAGGGACUAUCCAUCCAGGGACUAUUUUGUACAGAGGGAGGUUCUGGAUGAGUUCCGUCUGGAUGAAGUGGCACAAAAAGGGACGUGGUCCACCAAACCACCCUUUGGGGAACGGGUGAAAGAGUCCCUGAGGUGUUCUGUGCCCAGGCUGAAGCACACAGUGCAGAGCUGGGUGCCCGUUCUUGGCUGGUUGCCUCACUACUCCAUCAGAGAAAAUGCUAUAGGGGACCUGAUCUCGGGCUGCAGCGUGGGCAUCAUGCAUCUGCCGCAGGGCAUGGCAUAUGCUCUUCUGGCUUCCUUACGGCCUGUGUUCGGCCUGUACACGUCCCUCUACCCGGUGCUGAUCUACUUCAUCUUUGGUACUUCCAGACACAUCUCCAUAGGUACGUUUGCUGUGAUCAGCAUCAUGAUUGGGAGUGUGACAGAGAGGAUUGCACCCGACAGUAACUUUAUUGUAAAUGGCACCAAUGGGACAGACAUUGUGGACAUCGAUGAUCGGGAUGCCUUCAGAGUACAGAUAGCAUGUUCCCUCACAGUCUUGGCAGGAAUCUUUCAGAUCCUGUUAGGUGUGGUGAGGUUUGGGUUCGUGGUCACGUACCUGUCUGAGCCGCUGGUUCGAGGCUACACCACAGGAUCAGCAUGUCAUGUAUGUGUCUCACAGCUCAAGUACCUGUUUGGAGUCACACCAUUGCGAUUCACUGGUCCUCUCUCCCUUAUCUAUACUCUGGUGGACAUUUGCCGACUGCUGCCUCAGACCAAGGUGCCGGAGCUGGUGGUCAGCCUGGUGGCGCUCUCUGUUCUCAUUGUGGUCAAAGAACUCAAUGCCUGCUACAGACAGAAGCUGCCUCUGCCCAUCCCUAUAGAGCUCAUAGUUAUCAUAGCAGCAACAAUCAUCACCCACUAUUGUGGACUUACAAGUAAAUACAGCAUUGAUGUGGUUGGAGAGAUACCCAGUGGGCUCAAGGCCCCUCGAGCUCCAGAUACCACUUUGUUCUCACAGGUAAUAGGUGAUGCUUUUGCCGUGGCCAUUGUGGGCUACGCCAUCAACAUUUCCCUCGGCAAAACAUUUGCCCUCAAACAUGGCUACAAGGUGGAUAGCAACCAGGAGCUGGUUGCUCUGGGUCUGAGUAACACUGUCGGUGGAUUUUUCCAGUGUUACUCAGUGACCUCCUCCUUGUCUCGCAGCCUCGUUCAGGAGAGCACAGGGGGAAAGACACAAGUUGCAGGAGUGAUUUCCUCCGUCAUUGUGCUGAUCACGGUUUUGAAAAUAGGUGCUCUGUUUGAAGAUCUCCCAAAGGCUGUCUUAUCUACCAUAGUGUUUGUGAAUCUGAAAGGAAUGUUUAAGCAGUUCAUGGACAUACCUGAGCUGUGGAGGACCAACAAGGUUGAUCUGCUGGUGUGGCUGGUGACAUUCACAAGCACCAUCCUGCUCAAUCUGGACCUGGGUCUGGCCGUCUCCAUUGGCUUUUCCAUGCUCACGUUCAUCUUCAGGACACAACUACCCCGUUACGCUAUCUUGGGCCACGUGUCAGGCACUGACUUGUAUCUGGACACGGAGUCCUACAGGGAGGCUAAAGAGAUUCCAGGAAUUAAAAUCUUCCGUUCCUCUACAACUAUCUACUACACAAAUGCUGAGAUGUACUUGGAGGCCCUGCAAGAGAAGAGUGGAAUUGAAAUCGGGAAGCUGCUGACGGCAAAGAAGAAACGAGACGCCGAGCUGAAGCGUAAACAAGAGAAACAGAAAAAGAAAGAGAAAAAGGAGGCAAAGAAACAAAAAAAAGCAGUCAGCCACCUGUCCAAUGGCACACUCUCUUUGAAGGAGUUAGAGAUGAAUGAGGGGAAAGUCUCUCCAGGAUUGAGCGGACAGAUUCAAGGGAAUGGUCCAGCCUUAAGCCUGACAGAGACCUCUACAAAUAGCCUCAGUAAAGGACAAGUGAACUGGGCUUACCAACAUGACAAAACCAUGCUGGACUCGGAUUCGGACACUGGUUGCCCCGGCGAUGGCAGCAUCAACCAGGAAUCCCGACAUGGUGAUGACAAGAUAGGAUGGGCCUGCGGAUCAGGCACACACAGCAUCAUCUUGGACAUUUCAACAACCAGCUUUGUGGACACAGUCACUGUGAAUACACUGAAAAAUAUUUUCAGGGACUUUGAGGAGAUUGAUUUGGACAUCUAUCUAGCAGGCUGCCAAGCCUGCGUCGUGGAGCAGCUGGAAACUGCAGGUUUCUUCUCAGAGUCCAUCCCAAAAAGCCGGUUGUUUGUCACAGUUCAUGAUGCAGUGCUUCAUAUUCUCAAGAAACGGGGGCAGACAGACUUCAUACUUGUACGUUCAUCAAUAUGACUAUUCAUGACACUUCUAAGGAUGUUUCCUGCAACACCCAGAUGUAACCAUUAGGGGUCAGACUGUUCCAACUCUCGCCAUCUUCCUCCUCCUCCUCCCUUUCUUGGGCUACUGGCUGCUCCAUUGCUCACUACUGGUCGUCAUUGUCUCUGAAUGCACCACCUUGACAUGGCGGCUGGUUGCCAUGGAAAUACAGGGAGCCGUUGCUGUGGCAACAGGCUUUUUAUGAUAUCGCCUAAUGAGAUAGCCAGCAAUACGUCAUUGCAGCUCUCUCGCUCUGUGGUGAGUGUGUGAGAGACAGAGAAGGGGCGGGGGUUGAGUAGGAGAAUGUAACAUUGGACUAAUAGGAGUCUGUAUUUAUAGCCUGUGUGAGAGAGCAGAGAAUGACUGAAAGGUUGACUGUAAGGGGAAACUCACAUAUAUUGAGGUGUUGCUGUAAACAGACGGAAAAUGAUGUGUGUGUGUAUGUGUCUGUCAAUCUAUAUCCUUGAAUCAAUGCAAUUGGCCCUCCUGUUCCUUUAGAAAAGGAAAGCCAGACGUCUUCCAUAAUAAAUCAAUAGAAUGUAAAUAUUUGUCAUUGAUAUGGCCAGGCCAUUCCCUCUGGGAGGGGUUCUUAGUUCUUACAUUACAACCCAUUUGCUCCAAAAUCCUUCAUCAAUGAGCUGAAUUGCAGAUGUGGUAUAAUAGGUGUUAUGUUUUCACAGAGCAGCAGCUUUUAAACACAGUCCCGGUGUAUUUAUAGUCAGUAUUCACACAUCUGAUUCCUCUGACAUCUGAAGCUCUGCUAUUUUUGGGAUCCAGUCGCGUGUUGCAUCUAUCAUAACUCUCUAGCAUUUGCCAAGCACUGUGUUGUAACGUAUGCUACAUGUUUCACAUAUAUGUAAUUGAUUUGGAUAGCCCACCCAUUUAUAUUUGCUCCCCAGCCAUAUAUAUAUAUAUUUUUUUUUUUACUUUCAGAAAUGUAUGUGAAAGCAAUAAACAUUUAGAAGGUCUGCAAGACAGAUGCAUUUAUGUGCAAUUUUGUAGAUUGGAAAAAUGAGUGCGGAGCUAUUUUUCAGCGGACUAAGUGGGAUGUCAGGGCUUCCUGACACAGUGGCUGACCACCAUAAAUAAAUGAUCUACCUGCAAUAUGUAAGGGGUCCUUCCAUUAUUAGUUUGUUGGAUUAACCACUCCAAUGUAAACAAUGUCAAGUGUUAAAAAAAAAACACAUUUCCUUGAGAGUGCCUAUUGCACAACAAUGUGUUCACUGACUGAUAACACUUCUAGUUAGCUACUUUAUAAAUGUUUAACUAUCAAAUAUCUCUUGGGAGUUUAUUUUUAUACAGGUAAAGGUGUAACAUAUUUAAUGAGAUUGAAGCAGGAUACUUUCUGUACAUAUCCACAGUGUGUUUUAUGAAUAAAAAUGAAUGAGACCAUGUAAAUAAAGAGUCACAAAAACACAUAGCA